AUGGCUGACGAGGCAAGCCAGCCGCUACUGACUGGGCAGGCCCGAUCUUCCUCGCCCGACCCAUCCCCAGGGACCGCCACUUUUCCCGAUGAGCCUCGCCGAUCAUUCGAAUUGUCAUCCGAAUCAACACCCCUACUUCAUCGUCGCGACGAUAAUCUUGCGACCUAUGGAACAGAGCGACGAUUAUCCAGGUCGCCAUCAACUGUAUCACGACGGUCGACAUCGUCCGAAAGCGGCGCGACCAAGAGACGUAGCCGGGUGCGAUGGCCGACCUUGAUAUCCCUCACCCUGUUAACCACUGGAAUCUUGGCGAUCCUGUUUUUCGCAUUUGCUGCGCCGGCUACGGUGAAGGAAUAUGCUCAGGAGGCGGCCGUAUUCAAACCAACCGCACUUUCGAUCGAUUCGACAACACCCGAUGGUGUUCGUGCUCGAAUACAGGGCGAUUUUGUUAUGGAUGCGAAUCGCGUGAAGAAUAAACAUAUGCGAAAUUUUGGUCGGUUUAUCACUUGGAUUGCCACAGAGGUUGAAACAGGCGAAUCAAAUGUCGAUGUAUACCUGCCGGAAUAUGGCAACAUUCUGGUUGGCAAUGCUGCUUUGCCAUCCAUCAAAGUCAACAUUCGCAAUGGCCAUCAGAAUCAUGUCGACUUUUUGGCAGACUUGCAUGCGGGUGACAUUCAAGGAAUCCAUUCAAUUGCGAUGGAUUGGAUAGAGGGAAGACUAGGUCGUCUCAGUAUUCGUGGUAAGGCGACGAUACAUCUGAAAUCGGGGCUCAUUAGCAUGGGAACCCAAGUCAUCACAGAUACUGUCACAUUCGAAGAAAAUGAUUUCCCUGCCAUACCAGAGGUCAACGUUACCAAGAUUAAAGUGCACGACGCGAUGGGUGGAUCCAUGAUAGCAGAUGUCUUGCUUUCUGCAAUGUUUGAUUCUCCAAUUGUUCUUACAGUCCCGAGUCUUGGCUUUGACAUUCUUGUGCCAAACUGCUCACCAGGGGACCCUUCUAUCUUGGUUGCUAACGCCGAAACGGCCGAGCUCGAGAUUCGUCCUGGCGAGCCUACAGAUGUCAGCGUCAGUGGCUUUAUUAAUAAACUACCUGAUGAAUUGACGACUACAUGCCCUGGAGAAGAUGGUUCACCGCUGGACUUCCUAGUCUCAAGCUAUAUUCAAGGUCUCGAGACUACAAUUUACGUCCGUGGGGCGGAAUCGUCGCCAUCUGACGCACCAGGCUGGCUAGUAAGCCUUUUACAUAGUGUCACAAUACCUUUACCAUUCACAGGACAUGCGUUGGAUAACCUUGUGAAAAACUUCACCAUGUCAGACACGCAUUUCUCCCUCCCUGAUCCAUUUGCGGAGCCAGGAACCCCUGAGGCACAGCCGACGGUUUCUGCUUUGGUCAAAGUUCUGAUUGCGCUGCCUGAACAGAUGAAUUUCCAAGUCGAAGUUCCCCAUGUUCGUGCUCUAACAGACGUCUACUACAAGGGUAAAAAGCUUGGGAUGUUGAACAUUAAAGAAUGGCAAGACGCCAACUCGACUCAGGUAGUGGACCGCGAUGGCCUUUCUGCGUUGCUCGUGGAGUUUACCAUGAAGGAUGCACCCUUACAGGUAACGGAUAGCGACCUGUUGACACAGAUCGUCCAAGAAAUGCUUUUUGGGAGUAAGGCUGUGGUCUUACAUGUUGCUGCCACUGUAGAUGCAAAGGUCUCAACGGGAUUGGGUCGCUUUGCUGUGCGUGGCAUCCCUGCAGAAGGCAGCGUCCCCGUUAAGACUCCUUAUGGAAAUCCAUUGGGCCGCUUCAAUCCUGAAGUUACAUCUCUGGAGCUGGGCGACACCACGGAAUCUUGUCUCUCUGUGUCAGUUCUAUUGAAUUUCAUGAAUCCAACCAACUAUUCUGCAUCAGUGCCAUUCAUUGAUGCGCUUAUGUUGUUCAACAAUACGGCUGUGGCUCACAUCAUUGGUCGCGAUAUAUUCAUUGUACCCGGAAACAAUACCAAUGUUAUGAUUGACUUCAAAUGGAGUCCGUUGGCGAACAAUCAUACUCAUGGAGUGAAAGCUGGCGACAAUACAACUGUGACAAUCAGAACUCAUGAGGGAACCUUUCCAGCCCUUCCAAACAUCGGCAAAUCACUGUCGGCAUUGCAGAUUGAUGUUCCGGUACCACAUAUAUCAAUUCCAGGGUCACCAGGCAACGGGCAGGGUGGCGAUGAUGAGGAUCAAAAACGUCCACACUUCAUUCAAGAUGCAACGGUACUAUCUCCAUUUUAUAUAUCCACGAAUCACCGUGAAGUUGCAUUGUCCUCCAAGAACGCUAGAGAAAUGCAAGAAGACUAA